UGGUGCAGCCUCAGUCAAAUUGUCCAACCCAUGCCAGCAUGGAAGGCAGACAUUAACCGAUGAUGAUGAUGUACCUAUUCUAUUCUAAAUAUCUGUAUAACUUGGUACGGUGGUCUGAUGCUGAAAGUUCUAAUGGAACUUAUCCAACUGCAACUGCUCAGGUCGACAAAGAAUUUGGUGAACGAGAGUCUCAACUUUCAUCACCAACGCAUCUUCAGUCUUCAAGCCAACAAACAGUCUCAACUUCCGUUAAAGAAAUUUUUCCGUCUUUACCAACAUAUUUACAAGAAUCAGACAGACAUAAAACUUCUCACAAAACUGACUUUACUAAGUUAUCUCAUUCUCAGCCGACCACAUCUCUUCGAUCACAAAUGUUUGAUUCCGGUAGCUUAUCACCACCUCUAUCACAAACGGUCCAUUCUAAGGAUUUCUCAAAAAGAAAAUCACUAUUUACUAAGACUGACAGCAUGUUAAAAUCACCAACUUCUUCAAGUAUGAAUCAGUUUGAAGAUGGUUUUGGUGGGUCACCAACUCAUUCAAAAAUGCGUCAAUCUGCUGAUCUAUUUAGAAGAUCUCCAUCAAUUGAAAGACAGCCAUUAUUUUCACAACAACUUAAUCCUUUUCACAGCUUCAGCUCAUCAUUAUUAACAUCUAUCAGUCAACCAGUAAAAAUAGUACGGAAACAAAAAUACCAAGAAGGAUUUUAAUCAUGUAUUCUCUCA